CAGAUUCAACUACAACCUUUUAAUAAUUUCCAUGUUAAGCGAAUCGUGUUCUCGUUUUGACACCCUAGUUUUAGCCAUUAAGCAAAAUUAUUUAUGUAAUGUUUUCAAUUAAUGCAAUUAAUGUUGUCUUUUUCUCAUACAAUCAUGCUUGAUCUCUGUCUCUCACAUAAUUCUUGGUUGAACUCUACUAGCCUUAUGCCUCAUGUGCUCGGCAGUUGGUAGUAAAGGCAUGGUUAUCUAAAAUUAUUCCUUCUUUAUAACGAUAUGAUACUUAUAUGAUGUCCAAAUUAAAAAAAUGUAAUAAUAAAAGAAGUGUAGGUGUCUACUUCCAUGGCUUCUCUUCUAGCAUUUCAUCUUCUCUGUAUCCUCUCUAUCAUGUCUUUCUCCAAAGCUUCACAAUUUCCUUCUCUUAUGUCCAUAGCUUGUACGUCAACAACUCAAGAGGCUAUUAAACCCAUAAAAUUAAAAACUCUUCUUGAUAAUCUCACAGCUCAAGUGACAAAAACCAGGUUCAUAACCUCAACUGUUAGUCUCGGACCUAACGGCUACAUCAAUGGAGUCAUGCAAUGCCUCGCUAAUAUAAAUCCAGCCCAAUGCACCUUCUGUAUCCAAAAAGCUAAACAAACCGUUCAAAGUCUGUGCCCAAAUAAUACUCCUUCUGUAACAGCUUGGUUUGAUGGCUGUUACCUUAACUAUUAUCAGAGCCAUGUGAAAGUAUCUCGUGCAGAUCUUGAAGUUACUAGCUGUUCUUGCUCAAACCAAGCUUGUAAGAUCCAGGACUCUGUUAAUUUUGAACUGGGUCUUGAAACACUGCUUCUAAAGCUAAGAGCUAGUAUUUAUGACUACAGUAAUAACUUGCAUGGGCUUUCAAGCAUUAGGUAUGGUAAUAAUGGUAGCAGAAUUUAUGCAGCAGUUGAGUGUGUUAAGUCUUUAUCGCCAAAAGAUUGCGAAGUUUGUGUAGUAAAAGCCAUUGAAAAGCUUUAUGAGCAAUGUGGUGGUAAAGAAGGAGGAAUAGUAGCUUCUGGGUAUUGUAUUGUUCGAUAUGAGAGCUAUAAGUUCUUUUCCUGCUUUGAAAUCCACGGCGGAAGUGGCGGCGACGGCAGCGAUAGUGGUGGUGGUGGUGAUGGUGGAGUACAGGCUGUGACAGUAAAGGAUUGGAAGAAAGAGAAAACUGGAUUUAAGGUGAAAAUAAGCUUGUUAUGGGGAGUUGUUGUUGUAUGUCUUAUGGCGAUUGUUUUUUGUGCUUGGUUAUCGAAAAGAGCAAUUAUUAAUAAAGCCAGAGUUGCCGCAUUUGGUUAAUUUGUUGAUUAUAUAUAGAAAGAGACAAU